AUGUCAAGACGAGCUACCACCUGGGAACAAUAUACUCACGAGCUGUUCAAUCAAGCUCACCUGUCUCUAAUUGCCGAGGACAGGUACGAGAUAACGGAGAGGUCUCGUGAGGAGGACAGGAGUGAGAGGUCUCGUGAGGAGGACAGGAGUGAGAGGUCUCGUGAGGAGGACAGAACGCUACCCACGCCGCGUCGAAACUCUCCACCUCCUCUCCUGCCGAUAACGCCCUUAACGCUCCUCUCAACGCUACAAGAACACUUCAUUUCAACCCCUCCUUCACCACCCUCUCAACGCACCUCCACGCCGACCUCUCAACGCAACUCCCCGUCCACUACCCCGCCCUCACGACGCACUACAUCGCCCUCACGACGCACUACCCCGCCCUCACGACGCACUACCCCGCCAUCACGACGCACUACCCCGCCAUCACGACGCACUACCCCGCCAUCACGACGUCCCACCCCGCCCACUUCCACGCCCAUUUCAACGCCGCUUUUCCAUGCCAACAUAUCAACGCCAUCAACAGAUUGUUAUUCACCAACAAGACGAGAAAUGGAAGAGGAAAUUAGACUCCAAAGAAAGGUAUGUGGUGUAUGUGGUGAUGUGGCCAGGUCGCUACACUUCGGCGGAUUGGCUUGUGACUCCUGUAAGGCCUUCUUCAGGAGAGCUGUCUUAAGUAAAGCCUAUCGUACCUUCGUCUGUACCAGCGAUCAACAGUGCGUAAUAACUGUUGAUUCUCGACGGAGUUGCCAGGAGUGCAGCUGGUUAAAGGAUAAUCAGACUUGUGACGUUGAACUCAAAUAUUAUAAUUCGGUCAACCUCUUGGAUACAAUUCAUUUUAGUAAUUAA